UCAUGAGAACCAAGCUCAUUGGGAUUCGCCUCGUCUAAACUCGUUGAAUAGUUUCCACAAAUGUCAACAACGACGACAGCUCCCGCACUUCUUCCCUUGGAACUUGUCGAUCGCUGUAUCGGUUCACGGAUAUGGGUUGUUAUGAAGAGUGAAAAGGAGUUUGCAGGCACUCUGCUAGGCUUUGAUGACUUUGUCAAUAUGGUAUUGGAAGACGUGACCGAAUAUGAGAACACACCAGAAGGCCGUAAAGUCACAAAGCUUGAUCAAAUAUUAUUGAACGGCAACAACAUUUGCAUGUUUAUACCAGGGGGCGAACCUCCUUCGGAUUGAAAUUCCCUUGUAAUCUUGUAGAACAGAUCCUUGUGUAAAUAAUAGUUUGCCCAAACUUUGUCGGAUUUGGCAGGAAAUCGACUUGUGUCACGUGCCAGUUGUAGUCAUGAUGAA